CUCACUAUCACUAAAACAAAGAACAGAAAUGGGAACUUCAGUAAUAAAAGCUCUCAAAUAUCUUCUACUUUUCAACAUCUCCUUGACCUUCAUCUACACCAAUGAAGUCUCCGCUUCUCCAGUGACUCUACCGGCGGCAAAGAUGAGCCGUAGACUUGUGGCGGUUCAAGGCAUGGUUUAUUGCAAGUCUUGCAAGUACUCCGGCAUUAAUACGCUCCUAGAAGCAUCUCCUCUUCAAGGAGCGACUGUAAAGUUUGCAUGCAACAACACAAAGAGAGGUGUGACGAUGGAGACAAAGACGGACAAAAACGGAUACUUUUUCAUGUUAGCUCCGAAUAAACUCACCACCUACGGUUUCCACACAUGCCGGGCUUGGCCCACGAACCCAGGUCCCGCGGCUGCUACGGUGACAUGCACCGUCCCUUCACAGCUCAAUAAUGGAACCACCGGUGCUAUGCUUAAGCCUUCUAAAUCAAUCAACAUAGCUGAACGCGGCUACGUUUUAUUCUCUGUUGGUCCCUUCGCGUUUGAACCGGCAUGUACUCGUUGAAGUCUCGACUUUCUUCUUUAUGUAUGUGUGUGCUUGCUUGUUAUGACUAUCCAUCACUAGUGCUUUAAAUGUUUUCAUCGUCGUGUUUGCUUUUUUAGUAUGUUCACGUUUUAAAGCUCGUCUUGGUAGACAUUUUGAGAUUGUUGGUGUG